UUUUUCAUAAUUUGCCGGUGAAUUUGUGUGUCAACGCCACACAUCUUAGUUCAGUGAUUAAAAAAAAUAAUAAAAGUCUUAUCUGAAAUAGUUAUUAAACUAUUUACAAUAAUUACAAUUUUUUGAAGAAAACAAGUGAUCAAUAUUUAAUUCAGCAAAAUGGUGCCAAAUGUAACCUUAAGCAGCGGACAUCUAAUGCCUGUUUUGGGUUUGGGAACAUGGGGUAGUCCCAAAGGUGAAGUAACUCAAGCUGUUAAAGAUGCCAUUGAUAUUGGUUAUCGUCAUAUCGAUUGUGCUCAUGUUUAUCAAAACGAACAUGAAGUGGGCGAAGGUAUUGAGGCUAAAAUUAAUGAGGGUGUUGUAAAGCGUGAGGAACUAUUUGUUACCAGCAAAUUAUGGAACACCUUCCAUCGUCCCGAUUUGGUACGUGGUGCUUGUGAGACCACUUUGAAGAAUUUGAAAUUGUCUUAUAUUGAUAUGUAUUUGAUCCAUUGGCCUAUGGGCUAUAAGGAGGGCAAUGAUUUGUUCCCCGUUGAUGAGGCCGGCAAGACUGCCUACUCUGAUGUUGACUAUCUUGAUACCUGGAAGGAAAUGGAGAAAUUAGUCAAGGAUGGUUUGGUAAAAUCGAUUGGUGUUUCCAAUUUCAAUAAGAAACAAAUUGAACGCGUAUUGGCUGCCGCCACCAUCCCACCAGCAACUAAUCAAAUCGAAUGUCAUCCUUAUUUGAACCAAAAGAAAUUGAUGGAAUUCUGCAAAUCGAAAAAUAUUGCUAUUACUGCUUACAGUCCAUUGGGUUCACCAAAUCGUCCCUGGGCCAAGGCUGGCGAUCCCGUUUUAAUGGAAGAUCCUAAGAUUGUGGCUAUUGCCGAGAAAUACCAAAAAACUCCUGCCCAAAUUUUGAUUCGUUAUCAACUUCAACGCGGCAAUAUUGUUAUUCCCAAGUCGGUAACUAAGAGCCGCAUUGCUUCGAACUUUGAUGUUUUCGGUUUCGAAUUAUCUGCCGCCGACAUCAGCACCAUUGAUAGCUUUGAUUGCAAUGGCCGUGUUGUUCCCAUACUUUCUGAGGCUGGCGCUCAUCCACACUAUCCAUUUCAUGAUGAGUUUUAAAUACUGGUUUAUAAUUGUUUACAAAAAAAGUUUGCGCUGCUGGUCAUCCUCACCAUCCCUUUGAAAACGAUGAAUUUUAAAUGUAGUAUGCCAGUUCUAAAUAAUCUACCACCUACUAAUUUGCUGUAUUUGUUUAUGCGUCGCGCUGCACAAUUUCAAAUGCGGAAUUUUCGUAAAUCUAUUAAUUAAAUAAUAGUUUGUAGUUUGUAACACAUCAUUAUAAAUGAGUAUUUUAUAAAAAUAACAAUUUUAAAAAAAAAUAUGUAUAAAAAAUAA